GAAGCGAACGCUUCUGAUUGAUCGCUCUCUUUUCGGUUGGGUCAGCUCGUGGGACGGCGGAGAGAGAGGGGAGUGCUCGUUUGUUUCAGUGUGUCCCCCAUCCGCGGCAGCUGCAGUUCCUCUCGUAAACACUCACGCGGCCCCACUGAGAACGGAACAAGGACGUCCUCCUCGAGCCUACACUAGAGAUGCUAGCCGUGUGCAGCUAAUAAGCGCCCCGAUUUCCACAGAGAACUUCAUUUCGGAGGGCGAGCCGACACGAGCCAUUUUGGACGGAUUUAACCGCAGGACAGAGCUGCCGGUCAGGGACAUCCUCACAAGCCUCAACUGAUAUCUUUCACGCGGGGAAGAAGAGAAGGAAUUAAAAGCCAUCAUGAAUUUCGUCAUGAAACAGGCGCUCGGAGGCGCCGGUAAAGACAUGGGUAAGAUGCUGGGAGGAGACGGAGGAGAGGAGAAGGACCCUGAGAAGGAGGCGGAGAAGGUGAAGAAGGAGGAGGAACGGCAGGAGGCCCUGAGGCAGCAGGAGGAGGAGCGCAAAGCCAAAUACGCCAAGAUGGAGGCAGAGAGGGAGAACCUCCGACAGGGCAUCAGAGACAAGUACGGAAUCAAGAAGAGGGAGGAGAAGGAGGCGGAGUUGGCGGCGGAGGCGGAGGCAGCCGCCGAGGGUUCUCUAACCCGGGCCAAGAAGGCGGUACCUGCCGGCUGCGGAGACGAUGAGGAGGAGGACGCCGGCCUCAUGGAGACCGUCAUGAAGUUCCUCCCCGGACCGCUCAACAACGUCUUAGACAUGUUCAACAAGAAAUAAACACCAACACACUCAAUAAUGUCUUACAAAAGAAA